AUGAGAGAAAUAAUAAGCAUUCAUAUUGGACAAGCUGGAAUUCAGGUUGGGAAUUCAUGUUGGGAGCUAUAUUGCCUUGAACAUGGCAUUCAACCUGAUGGGGUCAUGGCCAGUGAUUCGGCAGAAAUUUCAGAACACGAUGCGUUCAGCACAUUCUUUAGUGAAAGUGGAUCUGGUCACUUUGUUCCAAGGGCUUUAUUUGUUGAUCUUGAACCCACUGUAGUUGAUGAAGUAAGAUCUGGUGCUUACAGACAACUCUUUCAUCCUGAAAAGUUAAUUUCUGGCAAAGAAGAUGCUGCUAAUAAUUUUUCAAGAGGACGUUAUACAGUUGGAAGAGAAGUUGAAGAGGUAUGCUUGAACCGUAUCCGGAAGUUGGCUGAAAAUUGCAGUGGGUUGCAAGGAUUCAUGUUUUUUAAUGCUGCUGGUGGUGGCACUGGUUCUGGUUUAGGCUCAUUGCUUUUGGAACGCUUGUCUGCUGAAUAUGGCAAGAAGUCUAGACUUGGCUUCAUCAUUUAUCCUUCUCCCCAGGUAUCUACCGCUGUGGUUGAACCUUACAACACAGUUCUAGCGAACCAUGGUCUAAUUGAGCACAGUGAUGUGGUUGUGCUUUUGGACAACGAAGCAAUAUACGAUAUCUGCAGAAGAUCAUUGGACAUUGAAAGACCAACUUACUCCAACUUGAACCGCUUGAUAUCUCAGUGCAUCUCUUCAUUAACAACUUCAUUGAGAUUUCAGGGAGCCAUAAAUGUUGACAUAACAGAGUUCCAAACAAACCUUGUGCCGUAUCCAAGAAUUCACUUCAUGCUCUCCUCCUAUGCGCCCGUGAUAUCGUCCGCCAAGGCGUAUCACGAGCAGCUGGCGGUGGCCGAGAUCACCAGAGCAGUCUUUGAGCCGGCAAAUAUGAUGGCAAAGUGUGAUCCAAGAAAUGGAAAGUACAUGGCUUGCUGCCUAAUGUAUCGUGGAGAUGUUGUCCCAAAAGAUGUUAAUGUUGCUGUCUCAAAUAUUAAGACAAAGCGAACCGUUCAAUUUGUUGAUUGGUGUCCAACUGGUUUCAAGUGCGGAAUCAACUACCAGCCACCAACGGCGGUGCCGGGAGGAGAUCUGGCAAAGGUGAAGAGAGCAGUAUGUAUGAUAAGCAACAACACAGCAGUGGCAGAGGUUUUCUCUCGCAUUGACCACAAAUUCGAUCUCAUGUUCGCAAAGAGAGCCUUUGUUCAUUGGUAUGUCAGUGAAGGCAUGGAAGAAGGUGAGUUCUCUGAGGCUCGUGAGGAUCUUGCUGCUCUCCAGAAGGACUACGAAGAAGUUGGUGCAGAAGGUGCAGAUCAAGAAGUUGAAGAUUACUAAACAUUUUUCUUUUUUCUUUUUUAUUUUCUACCACACACACAUUAUUAU